UAACGCGAAGUUAAGAGAAUUCUUAGAAAAUUCUCACGUACCUUCGAACAUUGAAUUUGUUUCUCUUGAAGAAGAAACUCUUAACGGCAGAAACUCUUCGACAAAUUUUUGCUUUUGAUUUGACGACGGCAUUUGAUUUAAUACUUUCUGCACUAAUUGUCAACAGGUACACGACCAAUGUUGGACAAAUUUUACCUCAGUAAUCUUUCCUUUCUUUAAUUGCCACGCGGACACCGGUUGCCGUUUCGCGCACGUGGUGGGAUCGGUCAGCUGAUCGGAGGGGAAAGAAGAAACGGAGCAGGAACUAUCGGUGAAUGAGCGGUGUCUAGAUCGACGCCUGCCAUCGAAACUGUCAGAACCGAGGAAUCGUCCGCGCGCGUCGGAGUCAACCACCAACGUUUCGCAACGCAGUCGUGAAGAGACAGCGGAUCGCGCCGCGUUCACGCAGUGUUCGUCGACAUCGUCAACUCGUCGAAAGUUCGCGCCGUAAUGCCAACGAUCAUAUCCAGCAUGGGAUUCAGGAAGAUAAUCAAGCGUAUCUCAAAUACUACUGUACAGACGGAAAGUCAAAUUUGGACAUCGCCGAUACCGAAAUGUACUGUUGAUGAAUCCUACCGGAAGGCGUUACAGCAAUUUAUAGAUCGUCGCCGAUCGUCGAGCGAAUUGGUCAGUGAUGCGGAGUUCUAUUCUUAUCAACCUAUCAAGCAGAACGGUGAACACCUCAUAACAAAAGACAACAAUCGGAACUGCUACAAUAACUCAAAGCGGCGAAAAUACUCGUCGCUUAUACCGGGUGUAUCGCACGUACAGGCUUCAGAAAUCUUCGAGAUCGGAUGUGUGGCGGGUACGGAAGACCGAUAUCUCGAACUGGUUUCUGCCGAGUGGCACAAUACGAGAGUAUCGCUGAAGAGACACACUCAUCCGGCAUGUCAGAGCGCAAUCAAAGCGGACAUAGAAAUUCUCACGGAAAUUCGGCAUCCCAACGUACUGCUGUUGAUGGCGACAACGCAUACGGAUGAGCACGGCCUCGUUUCCAUCUUCGAAUCUGUCAACUGUACGUUGUACAAUUUCAUACACGAGCAAGGGGAACGAAUGGAUAUACAACAUAUCGCGCAAAUAGGAAUGAAAUUGGCAGAUGCAUUGAAAUAUUGUCAUAUGCGCGGAUACGUCCACGGGGCGGUCAGCUCACAUUGCGUUUAUUUUGUACCUAAUGGUGGUAUCAAGCUGGGUGGAUGGGAACUGGCUGCUUUGGAAAACGAUGAUACACAUCGCAACUACGAGAAAUGCUUACGAACGGAGAUCUUCAAGUGGCAAGCGCCGGAAUUUUUCUACGGACUCUGCCCUUCUACAAAAAGCGACGUUUAUGGCUUAUCAUUGUUACUUUGGGAAAUGAGCACAGCGCGUGUACCAUGGAACGGCUGUAACCGACCACACGUAGAACUGCAGUACACAACGCGAAAAAGAGGUGUCACCGUGGAUUUAGAUAUAUUCCCACCGCGUCUUCAGAAAAUAUUAGAAAUCGGACUGCAACUUGACGCUGCGAAGAGAACAUUGGACAUGGACAAAAUACGAAAAACUCUUCACAGAUUACUUAUGUCGGAGGAAGCAGAAGCCACGUCAUAUGUCAAUCAAACUGGAAUACUGAAGCUCGAAAAGAACAACAAUAUUAAAAACAUGCACACGUCGACCCCGAUUUCUCCGUCUUAUGAAAAUAUAACGUUGAUAAGAAAAUCAUCCACCGAUAAAUUAGACCGUAUGACAGAGGAGAAGCUCACCAACCGACUCUUCACGUCUACAAUGGUACAAUGCAACAGGGAUUUAGAUGAGAAUAACAUUGAAAAGAAGAACGUGUUUCUAAACAAUGAUAGUAUCAAGAGACUCGAGAAUGAAUCACAAACUACUAAUUAUGAUACUUACACGAAACAUGUAAAUAGCGCGAAAGAACUUAAAACCGAGGAAAAAUUACACAACACUACACGAUCUGAUAUAAAACGACUGAAAGAAAUGAACGCAAGUAGAAGGCAGCAUUUCUUCAACGAAAACAACCCAGAAUUUGUUUCUUCAACUCCAAAUUCGACGCGUACCAAUAAGAAUGCUGAUUAUGUACUAUGUAAACCGGCUAGUCACGCAACAAAUAUGGAAUUGAAAUACAAAAAGUCACCCGGUGAAUACGAAGGAAAUAUUAUGAAACCGUCAUACAUGCUAAAACAAAAGGCGUCAUACACAAAUAUGCCUUCGAGCAUUAAGGAUGUAAUAGCGCAACGUCAAGUUUUACAUUCUGAUGUAGAAAGCUUCUACGAAUCAAUAUUAUGGAGAAAGGAAAAGCUGAUUUGCUUAUCACGAAUGGGACGUGAAAAUAACAACAUACGUCAACGUUCUUGGCCAUUGUUGCCAAAACCAUUCAUUAGCGGUAACGGUAAUCCUAACAACGAUGAAACGCAAUAUGCUAAACCGGACUCUACAAAAAAUAACGAUACGUUUAUUAUCAAGGAUGCAUUUGAAGAAGGAGAUAAUCAUACCAAAGAUGCCAAAGAGUCAUUAUCAGAAAACAUACGAAGCAACAAUACGUCCAUGGAGGUCUUAAACUUUUCAGACAACCCAUUGCAAGAUCUGAAGGAUGCUAUCGAUCGCGCUACUAAGAUCGUACGUUCAGGAACUCUGUAUGAGGAUUCAGUUUAUUAUCAAAACUGUCGCAAUUCCGAGAGCAAUACAGAUAAUACACAAAAGUACAAAAGCGCACUUGAAGAUCUGUAUAAAACGAAAUAUGAUGACAAUAACCGAGAGUUUAGUGUUAACGAAAAAUCGUCUGGUAUGAGCGUUCUGGACGAUUAUGUGACCGCGGAAAAUAGUAUUGAAAUGGAACACAAAGGAAACGUCAUUCACGAUUUUGUAAAUUAUAAUAAGUACGAUGCUACGUGCACAAGUAAACUUAUCUGCGAGACUAUAACGGAGAAGGAUUCCAAUGGAUCUCAAACAUCAGUAGAGAAUCAACAGUUGGAGGACUUGCAAAAGUCGAAUCGAGAUGGAAAAGCUUAUACAAUUAGUGCGUCAAUCCCACACAAAGCUGAUGAUAUAGCAGAUUUAAAAAUGAUUCCGACGAAAUCGACCGAUGUGAAUACUUUUUUGCUGCGACCGAGCAAUACUGCGAAAUGUGAGAUUUGUAAUUCAUACGAUUUAAACGAUUUGCGAAGACGUUCUUUGCCCGCGUGUUUGAGUCACCUGAAAAUCACGCACAGCCCAAACUUGAAGAAGAUUCAUGCACACAAAAAUUGUUUACGAGAUAGCAACUGUACGAUUGAGGAUCUAUACAUCGACGACGAGUUCGGCAGCCGAUUAAACGACAAUCUAGUUCUCUUAAAUGACGGUUUACAGUCAUGUACUAUGGAUGACUAUCCAUACGACGAUCAAAAUUUACUUCAAACUACGGAACUGUAAACCUCAUUGAACUCACACACAUCUUGUUCAUUCGUCCAUUCAAUUGUAAGAAGCUUCAUCUCUCUAUCGAUUAAUAUAUCUUUAUUUAUUCCAUUCUCCAUUAUGUUUUACCGUUUUGACGACAUAAUAAAUGUAAGCGAUACAAACCUGAUGUAAUAUGUAUAUAAUUGUUACUUUUUUACCAAUGCAAUUAUUAGAUCGGCAGUAUCGCUUGUUUGUGUUCACGAACACAAUAUAAAAUAAUUUAAAAUUAUACAAAAUGUUUCAAGAUUGACGUGUACGAUUGAGUAAAAAGCGACUUUACUUUAGUAAAUAAACUGAGAUGAAUAUCAAAUAAUAAUUUCGUAAUGAAUCGUCAAUGAUGGUACCAAAGCUAUCAUUUCGCUAUACAUAUUUUUUGAAACAUUUUUGGUACGAUUUCAAAUUAUUCGCCAAAUAUUUUAUAGACACAUAUCUUUAUUUUACAUAACAUACAUACUAUCUUGUGCAAUAACGACACAAGAAUUAAGGUGUUAACGUUUUCUUAUUUUUAGUUUGUAAAAAUUACAAUGCAUUGGUAGAAAGAAUAUCAGUUCUCAUAAAAGCAAAUAUAAAGCAAUUAAAUAUA